UGCAUUACCCGCCAACUGUCUAAUAUUAUGCGGAGUGUCUGUCCACAUGCUAUCGGUGCCUGCGUCAAAAAACCUUGACAGCUCAGUUAGAUACCAGGCUGCGUAAAUCGACUGCUGCUCAAAGCUAAUCUUCGCAUGUCACAAAUUCAAUCUUGGCGCAACAGUGCGGCAUACGCGGGGAAGACAGGAGGAGAGCAAAGCUAUUGCUGGAUUCCUGUCUGCGGUCUGCCAUCAUGAGGCAGUAUAAAGAGAUUUCCAGAUGAAAUCGGUUCCCCGAACAGUUCGUGACCCACUGCUGGAUCUUCACUGUUUACCUCUCGCAGAGCGCGUCUGACGCGUGGAAAAUGGUGCAAUUGUCAAAAGGCGGAUUGAUCUGGACUCUCAAGUGCCACGAAGAGGCAGAAUCAUGCUAGUCUUCUAUCAACUCCAUUCUUCUUCUCGUAAAUCUCAAAUUUACAUUUUGAAUCGGAAAUGUUUAUUUCAUUAAUUUAAUUGCAGCUCAAAAUGAAAUUUCCAACGGAAAACCCAAGAAAACUAGGGAACUGGAAACCCGCACCAGUGUCAGUGCAGACCAACCUGGUGCCACCAAAGAAGGUUCAGCCAGGGAUGUUGCAGUCAAGCCUGGUGCAGGCCAGCGUGGCCACCAUGCAGAACCCAAUGGGGUGCCCUUUACCUCGCCUUUCUGUCUCACGUCCCUCAAGUGUGGUGGCCAGUAUGGACGCAAUUGUAGAUGGCUCUGCCCUGCUCACAGUCAUGAAGUGGAAGACUGUUCUAGCUGUGUUUGUGGUGGUGGUUGUAUAUUUGGUAGCCGGUGGUCUGGUUUUCAGAGCAUUGGAACAACCCUUCGAGAGCAACCAAAAAGAUGCCAUCACCUUUAAGAAAGCUGCCUUCCUGCAGAAACAUCCCUGCGUGACCCCCAUUGAGCUGGAAGAGCUCAUCAAGCACUCUGUUGAUGCGGUAAAUGCUGGAGUCAGUCCUAUUGGAGACACAUCAUACAACUCCAGUCACUGGGAUCUAGGAAGUUCAUUCUUUUUUGCUGGAACUGUGAUCACAACAAUAGGGUAUGGCAACAUUGCUCCAAGCACAGAGGGUGGGAAGAUUUUCUGUAUCCUCUAUGCGAUAUUUGGCAUCCCACUCUUUGGAUUUCUUCUGGCUGGUGUCGGUGAUCAACUGGGGACAAUUUUUGUGAAGAGCAUUGCAAAAGUGGAAAAAAUGUUUAGGCGCAAACACAAUCAGAUAAGCCAGACAAAGAUUCGAGUAGCCUCUACAUUGCUGUUUAUCUUGGCUGGCUGCAUUCUAUUCGUCACAAUACCAGCUAUCAUCUUCAAACACAUUGAAAGAUGGACAGGAUUAGAGUCCAUCUAUUUUGUGGUUAUCACCCUGACUACUGUUGGCAUUGGGGAUUAUGUUGCAGGAGGAAACAGAAGAAUAGAGUACAGUAAAUGGUACAGACCUCUGGUGUGGUUCUGGAUCCUGGUUGGAUUGGCUUAUUUUGCUGCAGUUUUAAGCAUGAUAGGAGACUGGCUGAGGGUACUUUCUAAAAAAACAAAAGAGGAGGUUGGUGAAAUUAAAGCUCAUGCAGCUGAGUGGAAAGCCAAUGUUCAGGCAGAGCUCCGUGAAACCAGGCGUCGCCUGAGCGUAGAAGUUCACGACAAACUGCAGAGAGCUGCUACUAUUCGCAGUAUGGAGCGCAGGCAGCUAGGUUUUGACCAGCGGGCCCAUUCGCUUGACAUUCUGUCCCCUGAACGUCGAGCUGCUUUCAACAGCUUGGAUGGCACAAAUUUUAAGACAUCAUCCCAGGAGAGCAUUGAGAGCAAGCUCAAUAUUCUACGUUUACGAGUUGAGCAGAGUGAACAUCCACAAAGCGACCCGAGCCAGGCACAUUCAGAAGAUAACAUCUUUAACCGUCUCAGUUCUGUCACAAAACUAACCAAGAGGAACAAGAACCGAGAUCUGAAGAAAAAUAUCCCACACGAUGGUCGAAAAGCUUUAGACUCCUUCAGUUGUAGCAACCCCACAAUGGAUGAAGAGAAGAAAGAGGUAGAUGAUGGUGAACUUGAUAAAGAGGUGAAUGCCAGUCUGACCAACUUAGAAAGCCCUAAUAAACAAAAUGGAAUAAUUCCUCUACCAAUGAAGACCAAAGAUGAAGAAAAUGAGAACAAAAUUGAAGACAGGAAUUUCAGUUUGCAGAUGGAGCCCUAGAGUAAACAUAAAACAUAAUGUAUACCAAAAGUGCCUUGUGUCACCCUUACCAUGUUCAGCUGUUGAUUUAACUGUUCACUGUGCAUUGAAAACUUGAUAACGGUAAUUUAAAAACAGUAGCACAUAGAAAUAAACAGGACCCUUAUUUACAAAACAAUUUUAAUUACGUAAUAUUAACGCAAAAGCAAAUUAACAAACACAAUAAACACAUGAUACAGAACAUGAUUUUUUGUUUUUGCAAAUUAACUAUAUGUUCAUAUAAAGAAUAUGUUGAGCUUAUUGUAAGCAUUUUCCAUGUCUGCAUGCGAGUUAGCAGAUAUUAGCAGUCUUUAUGGUUUAAGCUGCCGUUCCAAACAUUAACCUCUUUGUCGCCAUCUCAGUUUGAAACAUAAAAUGUCAGUUAUAUGAAGAGUUAUUUUCUUUAUGUGCGUUGUGCUUUUGCAUUGCUGCUCUGCGCAGAUGAAUCCGAGACUGACUGCUAAAUGACUAACUGCUUACACCGCAUCGGAGCACAUCUGUACAUCAACGUGACAGUAACAUGUAACCAUGUCUAUAACAGAUACAACGCAAAACUUCCCUAUAGAUAUACAAUCAAUUGUAUCAUUUAAUAUUACGUCCCACCUGAUGUUGACAAAAACUUAAAAUGGCCUAACAUGCCAAAUAGCUCCUACCGUACAUCCAUCAAGUAUAUUUUCUGAAACACGUCGUUUGAAGACAUACAAUAUCUGCCACUUUAGUUCGGACUACAUAAAACAAAGACUUUUAAAAAAUAAAAUCACGAUAGGGACAUCUUUCCUGUUCAUGCAAUCCUUUCAGAUGUCAGAGCCAACUCUCAAAAUCGCUGUCGAUAUUGGCUGUUACUUUAGCUUUCCGUAGCACAAGGUUACCUUGUUAUAAACAACAGAUGAUUAUCCAGAUAUAAUCAGCAUCAGAACUUAUUUUUUAAGAUGUGUACAUGACAUUCCCCAGAUGUUUGCUUUUAAACACAGCCAUCUUGAUGAGGAUUUAAAUUCCUAGCGACCGUUAUACAUAUCUACAAAUUUUCUUAGAAUUCUGUCAAGCAGUGCCCGUAUUUAUAAAAUAUCUCAAAAAUACUCUUAAGAGUAGUCUCAAACGUUGACUUAAGUGUCGAAAAAUUCUUAGAAAGAAGUAGGACUUUUUUCAGAGAAGGAAACGUUUAUAAUGAACAUAAAAGCAACUUUCAGUAAAGUUUAAGACUGAUUCUUAAGUUCUGACUUAAGUGUUGUAAACUACAUCGAUUUAAACACAAAAUGGACGCCAUUGAUCUCUGAAGCAGCCAAUAGGGAGCCUGAAAGGGUGAAGUCACAGUAGCAUGGGACCAUUUAUUCAUGACUCAGACAUUACAUUUAUAUUUUAUAGUUUCAUUUAUAUUGUCACAAAAUUGUGCUGUCAGUUCUUAUGGUCAGUCAGUCUUGAAACUGUUUGCCUGCCUUCUCCUGAUUUAAACGGUAAGCAUAUAAUAUUGAUAGUAAGAUUUUGUGGGAAAUGUAACAUUGGUUGACUUCAAUCCAUAUGAAGAUAAAUACAUAAAGCUACCUGCAAUUUAAUUUCAAAGAGGGUGACAGAGUGGCAAAAGUAAAAAAUUGCAGUUUCAAAAAAUAUUUUGCAUUAUGCGCAAAAAUAUUACAAAUAUGUGUCCAUUUUGACUUGGUUUCAUACACUUUUAAUUGAGUUUUAACAGUUAAUUUAAAUAAUGAAGCUGCUGAAUCACAUCCUAUUACACCAAGCAGUAUAGGUUAUUUCAUUAUUAUAUUAUUCCUUUUAUUAUAACUCCCUGUCAUCAUAUCAUUCCAACACAUUGUUUCUAUGUUGUAAAGUCCAUGGUCUCUGCCUCUGUACUGCCAUCUUGUUACUCUUUACUAGGUUAGGAGAACCUCUUCCGCUCUCUUGAAUAUAUUUUUUGCAUACAUUUUUUUAGCAUAUGACUGACAAGGCUACAGUUUGGUAAAAUCAGGCUAAGCUCCGUACUUCUAGGUCAUUAGGUAGAAAACUGAAGUUCUUUAAAAAAACAAUAUUUUGAGUCCCACUCAUUCAAGAAUAAACGUACAAUUACUGGAGACUAAGCCUAAAGAUGAUAAAUAUGGACACUGUAUAUCCAUGCAGCAAUAAUGUCCUAUACAUGAAGUGCAUUGAAAUGUGAUAGAUUUAUGAAGUUAUCCCAUGAAAUCUCAAGACAUGUAGUCUUACUGUGGAAUUAAAUUAUUUGUUAUGUCUGACAUACACAUGCUGCACUCGCUCCCUCUCCCCCUCUCGUUUUAAAGUUCUUGUUGGUUUAAUUGAAUGCUUCUAGACAAUCUCUGAUUAUGUGGAUAAGGUAAAACCUUAUAUUACGACUUAUAUGAAGCAGACACAUGUAAAAUACUUAUGUUUCAGCCUAAUAGAGCCUAAGCUGUCAACAGAAUUGAGAUACUGUUCCAUUUUGAAUUACCAGAAUGUUAUUUAUGUGCAGUCGUACACCCUUUGUCUACAUAAAAUACCAGUGCAGUAAAAAUAUCAUGACAUUUACAAGUUUGUUUCUGUAACGAUUAUUUUCCUUUUACCUUGAAACAUAUAGCAUUACUGAUGCUCCGAUAAGUGAUGAAAUUGCUUUGCUUCUCACCCAGGAGCAUCUAACAUGUUUGCUUUGAAAAAAUGUCUCUUUGUCUGAUGUUUGCAGUCGUGAUGACAUUAAAAAACAAUCCCACAAACCCAUAAAUGCACAAACAAACGAUUAUAGCUACAGCAAUGGGUUCGAUAUUUGAGGUAAAAAGCUAAAAAAAGUUUAAAAAAUGUAAGCAUUAAAACGAGAUUCUUAGAAGCAUGCUAUUGUUGUGAUAUGUUAUCACGCUAUGGUAUUAACUGUACUACAAACACGCAUUCUGAGAUUUUUAUUUGUCCAAGUUCGAGUUCUACAUUGGGCGGCACAUGUAAGUAAAUUAUAGAGAGAGAUUCAUUCCAAAAUGAGUUAACUCUGUUUUUUGUUGUAUUGUGUUAGCUAGCUGUAUUUUUAUGUUUUUAUGGCUUAAAUCAAUCAGUUUGAUUGAGAUUAAUUGGAGGGCACAAUGAAAAUAUGAUUUUCAAUUUUUUUCUUAAACAGAGAUCUCAUUUUG